CUCAUCUCUGCUGCCUACUAGGUGCUCAUCUGUUCAAAGAAAGCACAUACUGUCUCUCGCUGCCAUGGAUGCUUUCAAGAUCUCCGCGACGCCAUUGACUGCGACAGAAAAACGCGCUCUCCUCGACGUCCUCAACAUGUCUCCUUCGGUUACGCGCGAUUACGACGAACCCUUUGCCAUCUUCAAGCAGACGAGCUUUGACGACAUCGUCUCCCGCCUACCUCCUCCGCGCUUUUCGCCUCCCAAACCCCUCGAGCUCCUCGAUCGGCAUCGCGCCAGCUACGUCUCGCGCGAAAAACUGGAAGAUAUGCUCCUCCUGGACGAAGAUACCCUGAAGACGCUCGGAUCGCCCGCAUCGGUCGCGAAAGACGCGUCGCCGCUUUCCAGCUCGCACCUCUCGCCCCGCUUGGCGCGCCAAAGCACUCUCUCUGCCGCCCACGAUGGCGCCUUCGACUUGCCGAUCUCGCCUAUCCGAAGCAUCUCGAGCGAUUCGACUAAUCUUGGGACCCCGUUCAAGCCGCGCUCGAUGGCGGAUAUCCUCCCUAGCCCCUCGCCCAGUCUUCCUGGCAGCGACGCGUCGACCCUCGUCGGCAGCUUUCUUGGUCAAUUUCUUGAAGAUACGUAUAUAUCACCGAUCGUACGCCAGCAAUCUGGAACGCCGCCGAAGCUACGCUUGAAAGGUCAGAACGCCUCGACUACGCUCGCCUCGUCAUCUCCUGCACGCUACGAAUUCCGAUUCUCGACUACGAGCAAGCCCAUGUACUUUACUCCGACUGGCCCUCGGGCUACCACUAAUUCUGCCUCGCCGCCCACGACGCCUCUGACCAACAACUCCACGAGCAAGCUCUUCGAAAUGUCCCCUCUGACUCCGCUGACCUCGCCCGACACAUCUCCCGAAGCACCUCUCAGCCGAGUAGUCCGCCGAUUGCCGAUGAAGAAGAACAACCAGAGAAUUAUACCUGUUUCGCCGACCUCGACGCCUCCUGGACCGUCUACGCCUGCAAAGAGGUCGAUGCCGCCCCUUCAGGGAGGACGGAGGAAGAUGCGACGUCUCCGGAAUUCUUCGCCUUCGCCUAUGCCUGCAAAUGACGGCGACCAAGGUGACAGUUACGAAGACGCAGCCGCAGCUCCCCUCGUGCGCUCCUCAAAUCGCCACCGACUGGACUUCGCUAGGCGUGCGACAACGAGCAGCCGUGCCGCGUCUGUCACGACUGCUCUACGCUCGUCUUCCCCCGCUCGCGCUCCUGCUGCGAGCUCUCCCUCGCCUGAGCCAGAUUCGCCGAUCGUCUACACCCACCGGGACCUGCCAGCCUACGUCGAGCGCCGCCCUGACCUGGUCGAAGCCGUCUACCGUCGCUUCCCCGCCAGCUCGUACUAUCAGCCUCCGGAAUCCGACAUCAAGUCGCCCUACAAACUGUUCUCUCGACGACCUAUCAACGGCAUGUACAACGCGCCGCGCGACCCUUGGGACCUGUACACGCCGCGCUUCGUGAGGGGCUGUGGCCCCAGCAAGGUCGGCGCGUGCCCCAUCUGCAUCGAGCCGCGGGAGAGGGGCGGCCGUGGAAAGAAAGUGUGGUUGGCAAUGAAGUUCAGUGCCUACAACUAUCACAUGCAGUACGCGCAUGGUAUCUCUGCGACGACGACGCGUCCGUUCUCUCCGCCCGUGCGCUUCCGCCAGGUCCGGCGGGAGAGGGUUGCGAAGGGGGAGCGGGUAAUGAUGAUGGAGGGGCUAUGUCACCAGUGCAAGAAGUGGGUUGCGGUGGAGGGGGUGAAGGAUGUGGAGGUGAAGGUGAAGGAGUUGUUUUGGUGGAAGCAUGCUGCGACGUGCCACCAUGGGAAGCACAUUGAUGGGGACAGGGAUUUUUGGGAGGACGAUGAGGUGCAUAGAAAGUUGACGGCUUUGGACGCUUGCUCGGAGUAGAUUCCGCUCUUCAAAACCAAAUGUACUGUAUCUUGCAGAAGUAAAGGCCUACUCGGUGCUUUUCCCGGC